AUGAUAUGGCGAUGCAGUGCUGGUGCUGAAUUGUUCUCUCUGAUGGCUCUAUGGGAGUGGAUAGCCCUGAGUCUUCAUUGCUGGGUUCUAGCGGUUGCUGCUGGUUCGGAUCAGCAUGCCACAAGCCCUUUCGACUGGCUUCUCUCUGAUAAGGGACCCUUCCAUCGCUCCCCGGAAUACACAGAUUUUGUGGACAGAAGCCGACAGGGAUUUAGCACGAGAUACAAGAUUUACAGGGAAUUUGGCCGUUGGAAGGUAAACAACUUAGCUGUUGAGAGAAAGAAUUUUCUUGGCUCUCCGUUGCCUCUCGCCCCUGAGUUUUUCCGAAAUGUAAGGCUACUAGGACGUAGGCCGACCCUUCAACAGAUCACGGAAAACCUUAUCAAGAAGUAUGGGACCCACUUCCUCCUGUCAGCUACCCUGGGAGGUGAAGAGUCUCUCACAAUUUUUGUGGACAAGAGGAAGCUGAGCAAAAGAACAGAAACAAGUGAUCCCAGCAUUAACAGUACCACAGUGACUCUGGAAACCCUACACCAGCUGGCGGCUUCUUACUUUAUUGACAGGGACAGCACCCUGAGGAGACUUCACCAUAUUCAGAUUGCUUCCACUGCCAUAAAGGUGACAGAAACACGGACUGGUCCUCUUGGCUGCAGUAACUAUGACAACCUAGAUUCUGUCAGCUCUGUUUUGGUACAGAGUCCAGAAAAUAAGAUUCAAUUGCAAGGUCUUCAGCUUAUCCUGCCCGAAUAUUUGCAAGAGAGGUUUGUGCAGGCAGCGCUGAGCUACAUCGCAUGUAAUUCAGAGGGAGAAUUUAUCUGCAAGGACAACGAUUGUUGGUGUCAGUGUGGGUCCAGAUUCCCAGAAUGCAACUGUCCAUAUAUGGAUAUUCAAGCCAUGGAGGAGAGCUUGCUACGCAUCAGUGAGACAUGGAAUACGUACAAUAGUGAUUUCGAAGAUUCAGAUGAAUUCAAGUUCUUUAUGAAAAGGCUGCCCAUGAACUAUUUCCUCAACACAUCUGCCAUUUUGCACUUGUGGACAAUGGAUUCAAAUUUCCAGCAUCGCUACGAGCAACUGGAAUCCAGCAUGAAACAACUAUUCCUUAAGGCACAGAAAAUUGUUCAUAAGCUCUUUAGUCUCAGUAAGAGGUGUCAUAAACAGCCAAUCAUCAGCUUGCCAAGGCAAAGAUCAUCUCUCUAUUGGCUAAAUCGCAUCCAGUCCUUCCUUUACUGCAAUGAAAAUGGCCUCUUGGGCAGUUUUUCUGAAGAGACUCAUUCAUGUACGUGCCCCAAUGACCAGCUCGCCUGCCUUGGCUCCCUACCGUGUAGUGUGGGAGAAGGUUCUUCCUGCCUGACCUGUGCGCCUGAUAAUCGUACCCGCUGUGGGACCUGUAACACUGGAUACAUGCUGAGCCAAGGGCUUUGCAAGCCCGAAGUGGCAGAUUCCACAGAACAUUACAUUGGGUUUGAGACUGACCUCCAGGAUUUGGAGAUGAAGUAUUUAUUGCAGAAAACGGACCGCCGGAUUGAGGUUCAUGCCAUCUUCAUCAGCAACGACAUGCGUCUCAAUAGCUGGUUUGACCCGUCCUGGCGCAAACGAAUGCUUCUUACCCUAAAGAGCAACAAGUAUAAAUCUAGCCUGGUCCACAUGAUAUUGGGAAUGUCUCUUCAAAUUUGUCUCACUAAGAACAGCACCUUGGAGCCUGUCCUGGCUGUUUACAUCAACCCUUUUGGCGGCAGCCACUCUGAGAGUUGGUUUAUGCCUGUCAAUGAAAACAAUUUCCCAGACUGGGAGCGGACUAAACUGGACUUGCCGCUUCAGUGUUAUAACUGGACGCUGACUCUAGGCAACAAGUGGAAGACGUUUUUUGAAACGGUCCACAUCUACUUGAGGAGUCGUAUAAAGUCAAAUGGCCCCAAUGCCAAUGAUAGCAUCUAUUAUGAACCCCUGGAGUUUAUAGAUCCCUCCCGAAACCUGGGCUACAUGAAAAUCAACAGCAUCCAAGUGUUUGGCUACAGUAUGCACUUUGACCCGGAAGCAAUCCGAGAUUUGAUUUUGCAACUGGACUACCCCUAUACUCAGGGAUCCCAGGAUAGCGCGCUCUUGCAGCUACUAGAGAUACGGGACCGUGUAAAUAACCUUUCUCCUCCCGGUCAGCGUCGCCUAGAUCUUUUCUCAUGCCUACUGCGCCACAGACUCAAGCUUUCCACCAGUGAAGUGAUGAGGAUUCAAUCGGCUUUGCAGACCUUCAAUGCCAAAUUGCCAAACACAAUGGAUUACGACACAACCAAAUUAUGUAGUUAA